AUGUUCGGUCGUGGCCGAUCCAAGUCAUCGGUGGUAACAAUCUAUCGAGUGUAUUUUCAUCCCCUCAGGAAAAUCCCUGGUCCGAAAUUGGCCGCUGCAACACAUCUAGUCGAGUUCUACCAUGACGUUAUCCUUGGGGGUAAGUUCUGUUGGGAAGUGCAGAGAAUGCAUGAAAAAUACGGACCUAUUGUGCGAAUCAAUCCCCGUCAGGUCCACAUAAUCGACCCUGACUUUUACGACGAGAUUUACGCCGGUGGGAAUCGCAAGCGAGACAAAGACCCUGCGUUUACUCCUCGCUUGGGUAUGUCUCUGUCGGUGAUAUCAACGGUUCCUCAUGAUCAUCAUCGGCUGCGACGCAGGAUUUUGAACAACUUCUUUUCCAAGCAGUCGGUCACGAAUUUGGAGCCGAUGCUGCAAGAAAAGAUAGACAAGUUGUCUCAGCGCUUGAGAGACGCGAAAGAGGCCGGCACCGUAGUAAAACUAGAAUACGCCUUUGCAGCUGUGACUGCAGAUGUCAUCAGUCACUACUGUUAUGGCAAAAGUAUGGGGUAUCUGGACCAAUUGUAUCCGCAAAACGAUCUCAAAGAGGCUUUCAAUGCUCUAUUUCAGGGAAUACAUAUUUUGUAUUUCUUUCCAAUGUGGGGAUUUUUGAUGAAUAAGUUACCGCCCUGGCUCAUUGCAAAAUUGAACCCGAAGUCCAAACAGUUGGCGUACUUCCGCUCAAUGGUACGGGAACAGUCUGCAAACGCACUGAAUCUGCAAGCAAAAGGGAUGAUUAGUGAUAAGAAACAAAGCAUCUUUAAUGCUCUAGUCGAUCCAGCUCUCCCAGCAGAAGAACGGACACUUGAUCGGCUGACUGAGGAAGGAAUGAUCGUUCUAGGUGCAGGUGCUGAAACCACAGCUAAUACUCUGACACUCGGGGCUUUUCAUCUCAUAAAGAAUCGAGACAAAAUGUUGAAGCUCCGACACGAGCUAACCAAUACUGUGAUGCCAAAUUCAACAAGUCAACCAAGCUGGAAGCAACUAGAGCAGUUGCCCUAUCUGUCAGCCGUCAUAAAUGAAACUCUCCGUCUUGCCGUUGGGGGUUCCUGGAGAAUACCCAGAGUCGCAACACAGGAAACCAUUGUUUACAACGGAUACGAGAUCCCUCCUGGCACGCCGUUAAUAACCUCGAGCUGGUUUGUGCACAUGAAUCCGGAUAUCUUCCCGAACCCAGAAAAAUUCGACCCGGAACGUUGGAUCAAGGCUGCUGAUAGGGGAGAAUAUUUGCCACGCUACAUAACCAAUUUCUCCAAGGGGUCGCGCAACUGUCUCGGUAUCAACCUGGCGUAUGCCGAAUUGUACAUGGUCAUUGCUCGCUUCGUCCGAGAGUUUGACAUGGAGCUGCACAACACAACCGAGGCGGAUGUCGCGUGCGAUCGCGACUUUGCCGUGUUCCAUUCAGAUAAGGGUCCCUGGAGCGUUCAGGUUUUAGUGACCGGGGUAGUGAAUUAA